GGGCUGCUCACUUCCGGUGGCGGCAGGGCGGGGUUUGUUGUGAGCGGACCUGAAUGAGGACACUCAGCAGGAACAUGGCGGCCGCUCGGUCCGCUGAACGGCCCGGGACCGCGGCCAGCGCCGCCGCCGGCAGGUCCCGGUCCGGGCCCGGAGCUGGGAGCGGCCCCGGGUCGAGUCCACCGGAGGACGAGGGGACCAAGUGCGCGGCGUGUGCGGGGGGUCCGUCCGGGGGCAGCCCGCCCUGCGGACACCCGGCCUGUCCUCUCUGCCGGGCCCGGAGACACCCAGCCACCGAGGAGCGGCUCCGGAGGAGGAGUGACCCCGAGAAGAGCAGCAGCAGGACGGGCAGGAGAGAGUUCUUUGUGUGUCCUGCUCUCUUCACUCUUUCAGCUGACGUUUCAUCAGGAGCAAGCGGGAAACACAAGAUGCUGUUGUGUGACGACAGAGAAGAGUUUAGGAGACGUAAAGACGACUCAGUGCGACGCGACAGCAUCGGUGUACUGUCGGACUCAGAGAACGAGGAGCCCAUCAGGAGGAUCAGGAACGUCUCUGCCUUUGUCCGCAAAACCAAAGCCUCAUUCGUUGGUGCUGGCGGUGCCCAGAGGAGUCGAAGCUGCACCGACCCGGUGGAGGUAGGAGGAGGGAAACUGAAGGUCAACGCUCAGCUGGCCAUGAUGGACCAGGUCGGGAUCAGUCACAGCUACACGGCGGGGAUCCUCCUCUCGUCUGAGAAUAGUCGCUCUGUCUCGGCUCCGAUCGCUGCCCCUGACCGGAGGCUCACCUGGCGAGCUGUGGUCACAUCAUCGUCAUCAUCUUCCACUCCUCUGGUCCUCCCUCUGCCUCAGCCCGAGCGCUCCAUCAGCCCUGAGAGCAACGACAGCAUCUCAGAAGAGCUCAACCACUUCAAGCCCAUCGUCUGCUCGCCGUGCACGCCGCCCAAACGUCUCCCGGACGGUCGUCUAUUGGAACCCACCAUUGUUAAGUCCACGCCUCGGAAUCUGACCCGCGGCCUUCAGAAAUCCACCAGCUACGAGGCCAGUCCUGCUGUGCUGCAGAAGUGGAGGCAGAUCGAGCUUGAUCGGCAGAACCUUAAAGUGAACUCCAAGGCCACGCUGACCAGCCCCAUCACAGACGGCCAUAACAAGACCAGCGUCGGCGAGGACGCCACAAAGACUCAUGUGUCUGCUGCAGGAGGCGGACUGACAUCCACCAACAAGAGGAGGCUGCUGUUUGAUCCUCCAGCCGGAGACACGGACACCUUCCAGAAACAGUCCGUGAUGAUCCGGGUCCCUGCGAUCCGCUACAGCAGUGACGCGACUUUCAGAGGAAGUUCAGACUAUGAAUCCUCGGUCGCUGUUCCUGAAUCCUGCAGCGCAGGGGUGGUGUUUAGUCGAAAACAAUCAUUCUCCCCAUACUCCAAGAACUCUGGUUUCCAGUCGUGUAAAUUAGUGCCAAAGGACUCGCAGAGUCCCAGGAAAGAGUCUGACAGUAGCAUCCACAACCAGUCUACCUCAAGGAGGGGCAAGAAGAGGAAGCAGAAGACCAAGCACCUGGACUCAGAUCGCGAUACUGACAUGAAGAGGAGCCGGCCCGUCAGCCAGGAUGCCUUCGACGAGCGGUACAUCUGUCAGAUCCAGCAGGAGCGGCAGGACCGGGUCCUCGCCCUGAAGCUGCAGAGACAGUUUGACCUGGAGAACCAGACUGUCAACCGCAGGAGGAGCCCCGACACGUACUUCCUGCGCUCAUGGAUGUCCAAUCAGAACCGCAGGAGGCGUGGUCUGAGGAGAUCCCGACGAAUCAACAAGAAGUACUAAAAAGGAUUUGUCUGCUGACUCGGCACAACAUCAGACAGGAAGUGUUCAAAUAUGCAAAGUGACGAGAGGUUUGAUGAGUAUGAAUGUUUUUCAGACAAUUUUAAUGUCCUGAACAUGUUUUAUUUUCUUUGCACCAGCAAAUCACCAAAAACUGACUCAGUGAGACGAAGUUGAAAAUAAUCUGCUGCGAUAGAAACACGUCGUCAUGACGACCCGACACAGAACACUGAUUAAUUAUACGUUUAACUGAUGUUGCAGCAAUAAUUGGUGUUAACUGAUAAAUGAUCAAUAAACAGUUUAUCAUU